GUGUGUGUGAAAGGAAGAAGAAGAGGAAACGUCAGGGAAGCGGUUGACGGGGAAACGGGAAAAGAAAGAUGGCUACCGCUGGUAAUUGUUUGUUUUGGUGUAGUGCGUAAAAUAAUGCAUUUAAUAAGUGUUUUCUGCAAGCAUUCAACUAAAUAUUAUCGUAAUCUUGUAGAAAAAGUUACUCUUUACAUGAGGAAUAUAUCGCACAGUGUAUACCGUGAAGUUGAAACCAAUUUAAUCAGCGCUAGUUUUUCCGCUCGAACAAAACCUAACCUCACUUUCUGUUUGGUACGGAGGCGAAUGUUUUGAUUGCGUUUUGGACGACUGCCGAUCUCCCGGUUUGUUUGUUUUGAUUUGGGGGGAGCAAAUCCUAUGCACCUAUUGCAUAAACACAUGAUGGACAAUGCAGCUGGUAUGAAGUGCUUACCGGUAAUAAACGAUUCACCAUCCGAUGCCGCAAAGAUUAUAUCGCAAGAUGAGAAAUCUGGAAAAGGGCUCGUCAAUGGCAACAGCAAGCCAAAAGAGCAAAAUAAUGGUAAUGAGUUGAAGUUGGUUAUGGAACCACAAAACCCUUCGCCAACGAAGUAUUUCGACAUCAAUGGCAUACCGUUGCGUAAAGGGUUGGAAAACGGUAGCAUUGGGCAACACUCGGACACGGACCAUCAAGGAAAGAAAGGCAGUAAAGUGAGCAUUAAGUGUUGCAAUUGUGAGAAAACAUUUCCCUCUAGAGCAGCAUUUGAGUUGCACUUCCGCACGACCUAUGAUCAGGAUCCGGUAUAUGUGUGUUCGGUGUGUGGCAAGCGUAUCAAACAGUACAGGGCAUACCAGCUACACUGUUACCGGCACAGCGCCAAUCAACGGUUUAGCUGUCCAGAUUGUUCGAAAACGUUCCAUCAAAAGUCGGAUCUCACUCGUCACCAAAACAUCCAUCAACCCAACAAUGGAUCCGGAUCGUCGAAGGAUCGCAGUUCGAAAAAUGCCGAAGUAAAACUACAAGUAAUACCCUGUCCUAGAUGUGAUGCUAUUUUUGCAACGCAAGCUGAAUUUAAGGAACACUCCAGAAAGCUGCAUCGAACCCCAAAGCAGUUGGUCGAGUGUCCGGACUGUGGGAAAUCACUUUCGACCGGUAGCCUUUACUCCCAUCGCAAGAUACACUCCGAAAGUCCGAAAUUUUCCUGCCCCGAGUGUGGACGUUCGUUCGUGCAGAAAAUCAAUCUAAUUCAGCACCACAAAACGCACCUGGGCGAUCGUCCCUUCCAGUGUGGCCAGUGUGAUAAAGCUUUCUGUGAAAAGGCGCACCUUCAGCGCCACCUAAAUUACCAUUCGGAGGAACGGCCGUACCGCUGUGAGCUGUGUGGCAAAUGUUACAAAACGGAGCGCUGCCUGAAGGUGCACUCGGCCGUCCACAAUAACGAGCGUCCGUUUGUUUGUCCCGAGUGCAACAAAGGUUUUCUCAGCAGCUCGAAGUUGCGCCAGCACAGCAACAUCCAUUCCGGUUUGCGUCCGUUCAAGUGCAAGUAUUGUACGCGCGAUUUCACCAACUUUCCCAACUGGCUGAAGCACAUCCGGCGCCGGCAUAAGGUGGACCAUCGUACCGGAGAAAAGUUGGACAGUGUGCCAAAGUUUAUGACGAAGAAAAAGAACGGCGAUAGUGUGCGCAAAAAGGAAGCAUCCGAACCGGGUUCGGCUGGCUUGGAAAGGGCGAAAAAGCGGACAGUUAAGAUGCCGUUGGUACCGCUACCGGAUGUGUUGAAGGAUGAAUCGCUACCGUACUUUAGUGAAAGCUCCAACAUCGAUCUCAACUUAGUGUGUAAGGAUGAUCUUCUACAGCCGCUUGCGGACGAAAUAGAGGACAUAUUUCAGUGUUUACCGUCCGAUGAGUCGAAGCUUAGCAUUCCGGAACCGUUGGAGCAGCUGUCCAACUCAAACGUCCCAGAUGAACAGGAGCGUUUGGGCGGUAGCGGCCUACUGUCUCCGGAAGUGGAUUGUGAUUUUAGUGUAAGAAGCCCAAUCGAACACCCAGACGUGUCUAUUGAUCUCAUUAAGCAUGAACUUCCCAGCAACGUAUUGUCCAGCUGCGAGAAGGAAACCUUCACCGGACCUUUGCUGUACGAUACGCAGCUGCCUAUUCUGCCAGCGAUGGCAUCCUUUUGCAACAGUGAAGAGCAACAGUUCCGGCUGAUAAAUCCUCAUUUCAUACACCUCACUAAUAGCACAACAUUUCUUGGCGGAAGUUCAAGGAUGUCACCGGACAGUAGCUCCGUGCCGGUUUCCAUUGGUGAAUGAUAGCAUCGCUCAAUGAUAGAUUAUCCUUCCUUGGUGGCAACUCAACCCGUUUGGUGUGGCCCGUAACAGGACAGUGAUUCCUUGGCGUGAACCUAUCCCACGGGAAGUUUAUUCCCUUUUCUGCAUUACAAAGAUUCUACGUGUAAGAAAUCCCCUUUUUCUAAAACUAAGAUAAUAGGCUAGUGAUUAGAUAGUGUAAAAGGCCCUCGAGAGGCAAUAUCGAUCCAAACCAGUGUGUAAA